CUUUUCAACAACCCCAUUCUCUCCGAUGUCAAGAUGAAGCAAAUCUCCAAGGACGGACAAGUUCGCGAUUACUACGCUCAUAAGGCGGUGCUGAGCGCAGGAUCGCAGUACUUCUUCAACGCCUUCACAGGCAGUUUUCGCGAGGUCUCUGAGUCUGUGAUGGAAUUUCAUUACGACGACCCGGAUCACUUUGAGUUCUGUCUCAAGUUCAUCUACACUCAAGACUACGACGAGGACGCCAUCGCAAGUAUGGGUGAAGGGGCUUCUUCUGUCCUCGAGAGAGUGCUCUUCAUAAUCGGUGUCUAUGCUAUGGCCGACAAGUAUGAUGUCCCCGUCCUCUGUGAACAUGCCACCAAAGACGUUCAGCGAUAUUUGAUCGAAAAGCCCCCUAGCCAGCGGGACUGGGUCACCAUUAUUAGAAAAUACUACGACAAGGUGGCUACAGCAAAUGGUCCAUUCGGAAAUGCUCUUGUCUCUGGAAUCCUCAAAGCCCAGUCUGCUGGUGGCUCUAGCGAGUUCUUCUCACUUAUUGAGAAUCAUCCCGCCUUCGGGGUCGACGUGGCUUUGGCA